GCCCCUGAGGAGGGCGGAGCGGUCGCUGCGGCCGGACUCGCCCCGGUUACCGUGACAACGGCGUCCCCCCAGCCCAAGCGGCCCGGACCCGGCAGGCCCCGCAGCCCGCCCGCCCAUGCCGCGGAAAGCGCUGCGCUGCGUCCUGCGGCUGGAGCUCCGCUCGAUAACUUGUCCUGGAGUGCAGCUGAAAGACAAACAGGAACUUUAUCUCAGUGUCUUUGUACUUGGGCAGUACCACAAAACUGAAUGUGUCCCUGCAGUGUUCCCACUCUUCUUUCAAGAAAGACUAGUAUUUGAAAAGGAAUUUGCUAAUAUAGUUGACCCUGGAGACCUUGUGAAGUUACUGGAGUUUGACACAGCAGUACUUGAACUGAUACAGCUCAUUCCUCCAGUGGGAAAAGUUCUAGCUACAUAUGAAGAAAAUACAAGAGAUUUCCUGUUCCCUGACCCUAAGCUUACCCAUGGGCACCGUGGUUUGCAGCGUGAGGUUUUAAUGAAGAGGUCCCCGUCUUUCACAGGAAUUGCACCAAAAUUGAGAUUUUCUACAACCUCCCUUAUUUCAGACAGUCUGUUAGUCUUAGGAAGGAGUCACAUACAGACUGAUAGGAACUGGGCGUAUCAUUCAACCCUAAAUGGAAAAAUGCCCUCAAAGCUAGCAAAGCAAAGCCUUCCUUCGGCUGAGAAGGACGGGCAGAGCUCGGCACUGAGGAGCUACGAGCAGCCCACCAUCGCCUCCAAGUCGCGCUCGCCGUCGCCGUACACCAAGCGCCGCAUGUGCGAGCUCUCGGAGGAGGCCAGGCAGAGACUGGCCCACCUGAACCUGGGGCCUCACGAGUUCAGGAGAGACACUGACAAACCUCCCUUUGUCAUCAGACGGGUUGGACAACCAAGUCCUGGUGCUAAACUUCAUUCCUGGUGUUCCCUGCGACAAAGCACAGCAGAAGCCUGGCCCAAGGCACCCCAUGAUCCUUCUCCUCUCAACAGCUACAGACCCAAGAAAACUGAAGCAAAAUCUACCAGUGGAAAAGGAUUGGACAGUUCUGCUGUUUGCAAGGAGGGUGUGAGCCCAGAUCCCCCCAACAGAGAGUCCCAUUCUGCUGCUUCUUGGGAGUGUUCAGCACCUCCAGCAGUUCAGGAGUCUCCAAGUUCUGUGCUGAGUCGAUCUUCUCUGAGGGAAAGAUUUAGCACUGGAUGGCCUUCACCAGCAAACGGAGAUGAGAUCCAUAAAAGAGUGAAAAAUAUUUUAAGGACACACAGUGCUAGACAGCGCCUCAUAUUUGAUGAUUUGCCUCAGACAAGAGAACCUUCAGAUAAUAUGCCCUUAACUGUGAGUGAGCUGCGGACCAGCUCUCCAGUGCAGCAGAACGCUCCUGUUCACUUGGAUAGUGGUCCUGCAGCUGUGUACAAAGAGAAGCCUCACAGAGCAAUCUUGGAGGAGAGUCUCGCAAAAAUAUACAGAGAGAUGUACAAAAAAACUGCUGGUGCUGUUUCAGACCACAAAACACAUUCCUGAAAGCAACUCACCUGAAAACACACAGUAUACAAUAUUUGCAACUAAACCUGUUUUUAUACAACA